GAUUGAAUGGAGUUUAUUCUACAAAAGUAAUUUCCCUCGACACCGUCAAAAUAAGAAGAAGUUUGAAUCGUUGAAAAAAUGAUUCGUUUUGUGGUACUGAGUUUACUCUUGGUGGGUGUUUGGGGUGCAAAUGUUAAAUUCUUCCCAAAACCACGACUCGAUGGGAGAAUUGUGGGUGGUUAUGUGAUUAACAUUGAAGACACCCCCUACCAAUUAUCCCUUCAACGCUCCAACUGGCACAUUUGCGGUGCAUCCCUCAUAAGUGAAUCAUUCGUUCUCACAGCAGCUCAUUGCACGUUUGGUUCAAGUGCAAAUAGCUUCACGGUGCGUACACAGACAAGCUUCCACGGGAGAGGUGGUGUGGUAGUUGGGGUUAAGAGGAUCAUUCAACAUCCCAAAUUCGAUUACUCAACCAUCGAUUAUGAUUUCUCAAUUUUGGAACUAGCUGCUCCGGUGGAAUUUAAUGAGAAACUCCAACCAAUUAGGCUACCAGAGCAGGAUGAGGAUGUGGAGGAUGGUACACCACUUCUUGUUACCGGAUGGGGAAAUACGCAGAAUGUACAGGAAUCGCGCGAACAGCUACGAGCUGCCAUUGUGCCCAAGAGCAAUGAUGAAGUUUGCAACAAAGCCUACGGGCAAUUUGGCGGAAUUACGGCCAGGAUGAUCUGUGCGGGACUCCCUGAAGGUGGCAAGGAUGCCUGUCAAGGAGACUCUGGUGGCCCUCUCGCCAGUGAUGGUGUUCUCGUUGGUGUUGUAUCCUGGGGUUAUGGGUGUGCUGUCCGUGGGUACCCAGGAGUUUAUUCGCGCGUUGCUUCAGUCAGGGAUUGGAUCAAUGCAUCAACAAACAUCUAAAAACCACAAUUCUCAAAAUUUUCUCGUUUUUUUCUAUUUGUUAAUUACUUUAAAAAGAAAUAAAAAGAAGUUUUUCUUUUAAAAA